AUGAUGAUCGUGACAGAGUUCAUGGGGAACGGCGUGCUGGACUCGUUCCUCAGGAAACAUGAGGGACAGUUCACAGCCACCCAGCUCGUUUGCAUGUUGCAGGGGAUUGCCUCCGGCAUGAAGUACCUGACAGAGAUGGGUUACAUACAUAAAAGCCUUGCUGCUCACAAAGUCCUGGUGAACAGCAGCCUGGCUUGCAAAAUAACUGGUUUCAGACGGCCACAAGAAGAUAAGAUGGAGACCAUCUUCUCCACCAUGCGUGGGAAGAGCCUGGUGCUGUGGUCGGCCCCAGAAGCCAUCCAGUAUCACCACUUCAGUCCGGCCAGUGAUGUGUGGAGCUUCGGCAUCGUCAUGUGGGAAGUGAUGUCCUUUGGCGAGAGACCCUACUGGGACAUGUCCAACCAGGACGUGAUGAAGGCUGUGGAGGACGGGUUCCGCCUGCCCGCCCCGGUGAACUGCCAGCCACCCCUCCACCAGCUCAUGCUCGACUGCUGGCAGAAGGACCGCAGCCAGAGACCCAAGUUCUCGCACAUCCACAACAUCCUGAGCAAGAUGGUGCAGAGCCCAGAGCCCCCAAAGUGCCCCAGCUCCACCUGCACCAGCACGUCCAUCCCCCUGACUGAGCGCACCUUCUCAGCCUUCCCGUCUUUCAGCUCUGUGGGCGAGUGGCUGGAAGCGAUAGAAAUGGGCAAGUACAAAGACAACUUCACUGCUGCAGGCUACUGCUACCUGGAAUCAGUGGCCAGGAUGACAGCCCAAGAUGUCCUCAGCCUGGGGAUCACGCUGGUAGAGCACCAGAAGACCAUCCUGAGUGGGAUCCAGACUCUCCGGGCCCAGGUGAUCCAAAUGCAUGGCCGAGGCGUGCAG